AUGAGUUGGAGUGCAUUCAAUCAAUACAUCAGUGAAGAAGAAAAAGGAUUAAAAUGCGUUUGGACCUACAACAGUGGAGACCUAUCUGAGUCUGAGGCCGCUGAAGAGGCUGAGGAGGAAGAACUGUGGAACUCUUCUAGAUCCUCAUUUGCAGAAGAAAGAAGAGAACAAGAGGAAAUAAAGAAUAGACCGGUAGAAAGCGAGAAGCGUGUUAUCCCCAAACGAGGACUCGCCUCUUUCUACAGCGAACGCGAUGUUGAGAUUGCUGUCAACUCUGCCGUCUCAUCAGCUCUUCAACGUGCUCGUCAAAGACAUUCAGAUGGUCAACAAGCAGAAAGCCCAGGAACCCGCCGUCGUUUUGUCAGGUCGAGCGUACCGUCCUUACCACAGCGUCAUUUUGACAUUCCCUCAUCCUCAUCCUCAUCCAACGCAAGGACGCUCAAUCAGGACUCGUGCUGA